AACUUGUAUUUUGGCUGCAAGAUAGGAGCUCCAUUACACAUCAAGUUGGGAUUAAUGAAAAACUUUGUUAAGGCAAUGGACAAGAAUAAAGCAGGUUUCAAGUACCUGAUUAGCAAAUUUCCAGCACUUAGUGCUGCAAAAAUAAAUGGAGUCUUUGUUGGGCCACAGAUUCGGAAAACUUAUUCAUGAGGAUGAGUUUCUUUCUCUGUUGCGUGGAAAGAGAAAGGCUGCCUGGACAGCAUUUGUAUCAGUGACAUCAAAUUUUCUUGGAAACAAUAAAACACCAGACUACAAGAAAGUGGUAGAAAAAACUCUUCCAGACUUACAGAAAUCUGGGUUGCAACAUGUCUCUAAAAAUUCAUUUUCUACAUUCGCAUCUGGAUUUUUUCCCACCAAACUGUGGAGCAGUGAGUGAUGAACACGGAGAGCGCUUCCAUCAAGACAUUGCAGCUAUGGAAAGAAGAUAUCAAGGUAAAUGGAGCCCAUCAAUGCUUGCUGACUAUUGCUGGACAGUUGUAAGAGAUAGCCCUUUCCUCGAA